GUUAUUGAUUUAUAGAGGCCUCUAAAUUCUGGCCCUUCCCUAUCUUUGUAUAGUCAAAAUGGAGCCUGCAGCUCAUGCCCAGCUCUUCCCCAUUCUUCUUCUUCUACUGGCCUCCCUCAGGCCCAUCACUGCUCAAGAGUAUGAUAUUGAUAUCUACAGUCUCACCGUGGACUCUAAGGUCACAUCACGCUUUGCCCAUACCACCAUCACUAGCCGUGUAGUCAAUAAGGCAGAAGAGGCCCGAGAGGCCAUCUUCCAGGUGGAGCUGCCCAAGACAGCCUUCAUUACCAACUUCUCCAUGGUCAUUGAUGGUGUGACAUACCCGGGGGAGAUCAAGGAGAAGGCAGCUGCCCAGGAGAAGUACAGCUCUGCUGUGGCCCAGGGUCAGAGUGCUGGAAUCAUCAAGGCCACAGGAAGAAGCCUGGAGCAGUUCCAAGUGUCUGUCAAUGUGGCCCCUGCUGCCAAGGUCACUUUUGAGCUGGUCUAUGAAGAGCUGUUGAAACGGCAACUGGGGAAGUAUGAGCUGAUGCUGAAGGUCCGACCCCAACAGCUGGUGAAACACCUGCAGAUAGACAUCCACAUCUUUGAGCCUCAAGGCAUCAGCUCCCUGGAGACUGAGAGCACCUUCAUGACCAAUGACCUGGCAGACGCCCUCACCACAACCCAGAACAAGACCAAGGCUCACAUAGUGUUCAAGCCAUCUCUGAGUCAGCAACAGAAGGAGCCUGGGAAGGAAGACACGGCUGUGGAUGGUAACUUCAUUGUCCGUUAUGAUGUGGACCGAGUCACUGAUGCAGGGGACAUCCAGAUUGAGAACGGAUACUUCGUGCAUCACUUUGCCCCAGCAGAGCUGCCUACACUGACUAAGAAUGUGGUCUUUGUCAUCGACAAGAGCGGGUCCAUGUUUGGUAGGAAGAUUACACAGACUCGGGAGGCACUGGUAAAGAUUCUGGAUGAUCUCACGCCAAAGGACCAGUUUAACUUGGUCAUCUUCAGUGGAAGUGUGACCCAAUGGAAACCAUCACUGCUUCAGGCCUCAGCUGAGCAUGUGGAGAAAGCCAAGAAAUUUGCCCGCAAUAUCCAGGCAAAUGGAAAUACCAACAUCAAUGAAGCUGUCCUUGUGGCUGUGAAAAUGCUAGAUGAGAGCAACAGGAGAGAGCAGCUACCGGAAGAGAGCGUUUCCCUGGUCAUCCUGCUCACAGAUGGGGAUCCCACUACAGGGGAGCAAGACCCCAAGAAGAUUCAGAAGAAUGUGAGGGGAGCUAUAGGAGGUCGCUAUUACCUCUAUUGCCUGGGUUUUGGUUUUGAUGUCAACUAUGCUUUCCUGGAGAAGCUGGCUCUGGAGAAUGGUGGGGUGGCACGGCGCAUCUAUGAGGAUUCAGAUGCUGACUUGCAGCUCCAGGAUUUUUACCAGGAAGUGGCCAACCCAUUGCUAACCAAGGUGGAGUUCCAGUACCCAGACAAUUCCGUGGAACUGCUUACACAAGACAACUUCUUGGUUUUCUUCCGGGGCUCUGAGCUAGUGGUGGCUGGGAAACUCAAGCCCCAGGUGGAGGAUUUGCUCUCAGUCAAAGUCAAAGGCCAGUCGAGCACCCAGAACUUCACCUUCCAAACAGAAGUGAAUGUUGAGGACAAGGAGAAGGUGUUCCAGAGCCCAAAGUACAUUUUCCACAACUUCAUGGAACGCCUGUGGGCAUACCUGACCAUUCAGCAGCUGUUGGAGAAAGCUGUUUCAGCAUCAGCUGAGGAGAAGAAGAGCCUGGAGGCCCGGGCUUUGGGACUGUCCCUCAACUUCAGCUUUGUUACCCCACUCACAUCCAUGGUGGUCACCAAGCCAGAGGGCCAGGAUCAGGCCCAGGUGGCUUCAAAGCCAGUGGAAGCAGAUAACUAUCGGUUGUCUUCACUGGCACUCUCAUUGUCAAAUACGCAGACAUCUAAAGUAGCUAGAAGAAAACAUUCUAAGUCCUCAGCUGGUUCACACAGAAUGCAAGGGCUCAAAAAGAGCAUUGUUGAUGCUGAAAUUGAAGCAUCAGAGAUCAAAACCAAGUCAUCCAUCAGGUCCAGGUCAGGUCUUACUCGAAAUAAUUAUAAAAUGGAGGAAGUUGACAUCUCUGUUCCCUCCCCUCCUGCUCCAGUGGAAGGGGAACCACAUUUCAUCUUUUCAGUAUCUGAACUUAGUGGUAACAGUAACCAGAGAGCCAUGUGUAUGGAUGUCAAGGAGUCAUCUCAGACGCCUCUGAUGCUCAUCUCUUAUCCCAUCCAAGGCAUUGAGGUGACUGGCAAGUAUGAGGAGAGAAUGGAUAAGUUUGUCUGGCUCCAGGUGAGUUACAAGACUCCUGAGGUGAAGGUGCGUGUGACCCAGGAUAGCAUUGUGGUGACUCGUGGCCGUGGUGGGAAAAGUUCCUCUUACCAAUGGCAGCAAACCCUACACUUGGUGAUGUCUGGACUGAAGCUGACCUUGGAAAAUGGCGUCUUGCUGCUUAGUGCCCCAGACAAAGUCACCAUUGCCCUGGUGUCCUUGAACCAUCCCACUCCUAGACUGCAACUCAUUAUGCAAGUUCCAGUUGACUUCUCCCUCGAAGCCAGUGGAGUCCUUGGUCAACUUUACUGGGAUUUGCUGUUGGAUUCUGCCAACGUGAGAACUGAAGACACAUGGGAGCUAAAUGUGAGGGGAAAGAACUAUACAGUCACCAGAAAUUUCAGGGGGAAUUCUCAAAGAAGCAGGGGUACCAGUUCACUGCCAACAUUUCUAUGCUACAUCUAUGCUUGGAGCAGCCCUUAGUGGGUGAAGAUUAAUGAUCAGCUGUGCUUUCUUCUUCUAAACUCCAUGCCUGGCACAGCCCAGGCCAACCAGGACCCUCCCCUGCCCUUUGCUAUGUGUCUACCUGGGACAGAUGGGGAGGCAAGACAGGUGAAAAAUGUUAUAAAACAGAGGUCACUGUCA